CGGUGCAGCGACUUCCGUUUACUGCGCCAUUCAGUUGCUUGCAUGCAUCGUUUAUCGGUCGUUUUUUGCAACAAGCCAACGACCGCAACACACCGGUUCAGCGCGGAGUUAGAUCGCGGAACGCCACAAAAGCCAAUAUGAUCGAGUAGGUUUGAUAAUGGAGCGCAAAGAGCGUAACUAGGUCAGCCUACGAUCCGAAUAAGGCCACCUUACGGUACCGAGAGCAACUUUCUUCCCUUCCUGAUAAGGUGCGGUGUAUACUCACGCCAAAAAAUCAAAAAAAAUUUCACAAUGACGCACUUUUGCGUUUGUGUGCUCUGUGUGACGGCAAGUAAUGUAUUUUCGGAGGUCCUUUCGUAUCAAUCGCUCGUCACGCAACAACAACAAAUUCCUUCCUAAUCACUAAUUAAUGGCCUUUUCGCCAUCCGAACCCAGCGCUUGUCAAAAUCAGCUGUUUGUAAACAACUCCCAUCGAACCGCAUUGUGUCAAGUUCGUCCUCCUGUCCUGUGGUUGCUUCGAUGAUCCAACUCAUCAAAACAUUCGCCCAAACAUCAACUCUGGGUCGGUUUCAAUCGGCGACGACCAUGUCCAAAAAGGGUGCCAGUAAAGGUGGCAAAAACGCCAAACCGUCGGCCAACAGUGAAGCUGCCCCCGCUACAACCGGUCCCAUCCUAGUCGAUGGUAGGACCGGCAAUUUGAUCAUAAAAAUUCUGGCCAAACCGGGUGCGAAAACGAGCGGCAUUACCGACGUGAGCGAAGAAGGCAUUGGCUGUCAGAUUGCCGCCCCACCGAUCGACGGUGAGGCCAACACGGAGCUGAUCAAGUAUCUCUCGAAACUGCUGGAACUCCGGAAGAGUGACGUCAGUCUGGAUCGUGGUUCGAAAUCACGCCAAAAGACGAUCGUACUGGACAAGAACGGUUGCCGGCACACUCCAGAACAGCUAUUGGCAAUUUUCCAAACCGAAGCAUCCACCGGAACGUAACAGGACAGGGGGACCACACCCGGGGAACCGACCACACGCGAAACAUUGGUUUCGUUAAUAGACCAUAAUAUAUGUUUAUUUAUUUUUUCUCAAUACUCUGCUUUCAUUUUGCUAACGGACAUCGGAUGCGCCCGGUGUCCACGGGGCUCUGGACUCGAUUUCACGACAAGAGGGACCCGUUCCCGAAGUAAUACGUGAGGGUGGUGAAGAAUAAAAAGAAGAAGAAUAGUAGGGUUGCCGUGUGCCUAAUCCGUUGUCUCUCUUUGUUUGAAACGGGUGUGUUUUAAUAGCUAAAACCUAACGAAGGUAA